AUGGAUUCCACCAACCAGCCCUGGGAACUGGCUUUCCCUUUAUUUAACUUGGUAGCCUCGGCCAAGUUCUGGUGGUACACCUUCUGGCUGUUGUGGGUUCAUCGUUACCUACGCCUGAUUGUCCACACCUUCAGUCACUGGACGUACAAGUCAAAGCCCAUCCCCGAGAAGCCAACCUUCACUGCUGAGGAUGUGACGGUCAUCAUCCCAACCAUCCACAAUGUGUUCGAGGAACUCCGUACCUCUCUGGAGAGCAUCCUCGCAUGCCGCCCUUGUGAACUGAUACUGGUGACUACUGCGGACAAGCAUGCGGCUCUGGAGAAGCUGGCCAGGACUUUGUCGACCCCAAACGUACGCGUACUCUUCGGGCCUAUUGCCAACAAGCGACUCCAAGUCUGUGAAGCGCUUCCCAAGGUCAAGACAGCCAUCACCAUCAUGGCCGAUGACGAUGUCACCUGGCCGACCACUCUGCUGCCCUGGAUACUGGCUCCGUUCGAAGAUCCCAAGAUGGGCGGCGUCGGUACAUGUCAACGUGUGCGCCGGGAGCCGACUGGGUCGUGGUCUACGAAGAUCUUCAACUGGCUUGGUGCAGCUUACAUCGAGCGCCGGAACUUCGAGAUCUCGGCUACACACAACGUGGACGGAGGCACGUCAUGUAUGUCUGGUCGGACUGGUGCCUACCGCUCGGAGAUCCUCUCGAGCCACGACUUCUUGGAGGGUUUCAAGACAGAGCGAUGGCGCCACUACAUACUCAACGCCGAUGACGACAACUUCGUUACCCGCUGGCUGGUGAGCCACCAGUGGAAAACCUGGAUUCAGUACGAGCGGGAGUGUGAGAUCGAAACUACCCUUGAGAACGGGCUCAAAUUUCUCUACCAAUGCUCAAGGUGGGCGCGCAGCAACUGGCGAAGCAACUGGACGAGUUUGGUCCGCGAGAAAUAUGUUCUGACUCAGCAACCAUGGUCCACCUACGCUCUGCACGUGGCAACGUUCACAUCUCUGGCCUUUGUCGUCGACCCUUUGCUGCUGCUUUCGCUCUGGUGGGGUACUGAAGGAUGGGAUAUGAAUACCCGUCAGCGUCUGGUGUGGGUUCACUUCAUCUUCAUGUUUGCCUUCACCAAGGUUGUCAAAUUGUUGGGCCUCUUCCGACGACACCCGAGCGACAUCGUCUACCUGCCGGUUUCUAUCGUCUUCGGCUAUUUCCAUGGCCUCAUCAAGCUCUACGCGCUUCUGACGCUCAACAUGACGUCCUGGGGUAGCCGACCCGAUGGUGAUGCCAACGAUGCACUCCGUAUGUCGCCGCGUCCUCGAAGGAGCGACAGCAUUGCAACCCCUUCGCCUCGACCUGACGACCUCGAUCGCUUCAUCGGCUACCGCAUGCGGCGAAAUGUCCCGACCGUCUUGUCAGAGAAGGAGGCACUGGUCGACUUCGAGAGAGAACUUCCGCCGAUCUUUGUGGUUGCUGGGUUCUAA